AUGACAGAUAAAAUACAAGAAGACAUAAACAAAGAAAUUGGAAAUAUUAUAGAUGAUUCUAUUAUUCCUGAGAAAGUCCCAGAAAGUAAAGUCCUUGAUAUGAAAGAUGAAGUAGCUGAUAUUGUUGCUGGACUGCAUUUAGAUGAAUACAUGCGUGAAUAUGUAGUUAAAGAUUGGAUAAAAGAACUAUUAACAAAAAAUGUAGAAGAUAUUGUUAACAGCUUUCCAACUGAUUCUAAAAAUAAAGCAAAGGUUAAUAAAGAUAUAGAGAAAGUGUUAGUUCACAGUUUAUACAUACCCAUAACAGACACAAUAAAAACUAAUAUAAGACGGGACAUAAUCAAUGUUGUCGAUAAAAUGGGUAUCGAUGAUGAAGAAAGCAGUGAAGUUAAAAGGCGAUUAUCAUCAGCGCUAGCGAAAGGCAUGGACAAAAAAAUGGCUGUUGGCAAAGAUCUAGAUCAAAUAAAAUCAGCUUUACAACAAAUAAUUAAAGAAGGAGUUGGGAAUGCGCCGAUACCAGAAUACACACAGGACUUAUUAGGGCAAGAAACUGAAGAUAUUUUAAAUGAAAAUCUAAUCCAACCAAUAACUGACGAAAUGAAAAGUAAUAUACAUGAUCAAAUAGAUAUUAUUCUUGAAGAUGCUAAAGUUGAAAGCGAAAAAUGUAUGAAAAAAUUAAUUAGUACCAUUGAAAGAAAUCUGAGAGACAUAAGAUCAAAAAUAAAAGGCGAUUUAGAGGCAAAGAAGGCAAAGGAAAUAAUGCUAGAAAGGGUAAGACAAAAGAUUGAUGAAUCAUCUGUUGAUAAACAAAAGAAAUUAGAACUAAAGUCAAAUUUGGAUAAAAUAACUGCUGAUUACUUAAGUAUGCCUUUCACGGGUAAAGUACGUGAUGAUUUUGAAGAAGAUAUAGAGAAAAUAGUCAAAGACCUUGCUGUAGCUGGAGUUGGGGAAAAAAGGUCUAAAAGAAUAUCUAUAAGUGUAGACGAAAGUGCCGAAGGAGAAAUACAAGAUCGGAAACUAACACUGUAUAUACAAGAUCUAGAAAACGAAACUCAAAAAAGCAUUUUAACAAAACUUAAAAAGGCUAUAGAUGCCGCACCGAUAUAUGCAGAUAAAAAGAGAGAAGCAAAGAAAAACCUUUUAAAUACUGCAAAAGAUUACUUUGAUAAACCAUUGACAGAGGACAGCCUAAGGGAUUUGAAAGAUGAUUUAAUUGAUAUCCUUGAUGAACUACAAUUAUCGAAAGAUACUAGGGAUAAAAUGCUACAACAACUAUCAAACUCGGUUGACGAACUUAUGAAAUCAUUGAAAAGGAGAUCCUUAGACCCCCAAGAAAACAUUAAAGUUAAUGUAUUACAUGCAAUCAAAAAUACUGUAAACUAUGCAACGAUACCUAAAGAUAAAAAGCUCGAAUUGAAAAACCAACUUACAGAAAUGGCUGUACGGGUGUUUAACACAACACCAAUGGAAUAUAUUCUAGAUGCUCUCCAAGAUGGAGCUGGUGACAUUCUUGAUGACUAUCCUUUAAUAAGAGAUAAGAAAAUCAAAUUGAGACGUGAUUUAGAAGACAGCAUAGAAGAAUAUCUGGGUUCGUGUGAAUAUUAUUACCCGAAUGUACCGACAAGAUUUAUUUGCGGAGGUAUAAUACCAGACUUUCACGUUCAAAAAGAAGAGAGGAAAUUACUGCUUAUGGAAGAUAUAAAUAGAAACAAAUUAAAAAAGAGUAUUCUCCAAAGUAUCGAAGAAGUCAUUGACAAAUGUCGUCUGCCUAUGAAGAAAAAAGAAAGUUUAAAAGAAAAAUUAAGUAAAACAAUAGAUAAAGCUGUUAGGACGUCAGUUCCUAAAGAUGUGGAAGCAGAUUUGAAAGACGGUAUCUAUGAUGUACUUGAUGGAACAUUAAUGUUUGAGUCUGACAAAUAUAAAGUUAAAGAUGAUUUAACGAACGUGGUAGAUCAGAAAAUGGAAGAUAUUCGAAGGUUUAGGGCUGAUGAAAGCGAUACAGAGGGACAACGCUUACAAAACUUUUUCUAUAAUCUAGAAAAGGCUUUAGGUGAUGCCCUAAUACCUAUAUCUAAAAAGAACACUCUAAAAAACAAAUUAAAAAUUUUAUCCGAUACUGGUUUCAAACCACCAUUCUCUGAAGGUGCCCAAAACAUUAUAAUAGAAGGAGUCGACGAGAUUUUAGACGAAUUGCUAUCAAAAGACGCAAGGAAAAAAAAUAGAAAGGAAUUGCGGGAUAUAUUAGCCACAGGAAAAAACAAACAAAAUGUGCAAGAACAGAUAAAACUUAAAAAAAUGAAAGCAUUGCCCACUAAACCCAGUGGAGCGACACAACCAGAUGAAGAUAUUAAAGAAAGUGAACCUAAAACAUUACAUGAUUUCUUCAAACUAAUUGAGAACGAAAUCAAUGAAUCUCAUAUCUUUAGAAAGAAAAAAGUUGAAUUAGGAAUUAAUUUGCAUAAAAUAGCAAAUGAUCUUUUAGACAAUUCUUGGUCUGAAGAUGUUAAAGAUGAGUUGAAACGUGGAAUUAGUAAUAUACUGGAUGACUUACUUAUAAGUAGAGCUAGAAAGCAUAGACUGAAAUCAAAUUUUGAAACAUUGAUUGAUGAACCUUCAGAGGCUUCCAGCAGUCUAGAAACGUGGACAGAUGUGAAAGAGUUACAAAAAUAUCCGCUAGAAAUAUUCUUCCAUAAACUUGAAGAAAUAAUAGAUGAAAAUCCCGUCCCUGUCAGGAAAAACAAGAUACUGAAGAAGAAAUUAAAAGAUUUGUCGUCUCCAGGUUUUAAACAACCAUUUACUAGGAAACAGAGAACCGCGGUUUAUGACAUCUUAGACGCUCUACCGUUAUCACGUCAGGAGAAAAGCCAAUUUUUAAAAGAAUUAGCUGAUAUAUUUGGCGUAGUUUGGACUAAGGGAAAAGAAAGCGAUAGAUCAAAACCUCCUUCAUCAUAUACAGAAAAAAGAUUUGAAAAUACGGAUGAUCGAUUCGAAGACUUCUUUAAUAAAUUUGAGGAGGUUAUAGAUGAAAACCCGCUUCCUGAAUAUAAAAAGAAAGUACUGAAGAGAAAACUGAAAGAGCUAUGCACCUCAGGCUUUAGGCAACAGUUUAGUAGACUUUGGAGAAACGGAGUUUAUAAUAUCUUGGAUGUCCUGACGUUAUCCGAGGAAGAAAAGAGUGGAAUCCUAAAGGAAUUGGGUGAUAUCUUAUGUAUAGAUUUAAAUACAGACAACGAAAGCGAAAUGGCAACAUCUUUGCAAACACAUGCUGCUAAACCAGAUAAAAAAGAAUCUAGUAAACUAUUUCUAUUGGACGAACGUGUUAUAACUAAAGCGAGAGAAAGCAUAGUGAAAAAUAUUGAACGAAGAAUCAAAGAAACAUUCAUGCCUGGAUCCAAGAAAGCAAUAUUGAUAGGAAGAUUACACAAGUUAGCUUCUAAUGAACUCCAGAAGCCUCUGUCUGAGAACGGGCAAGAAUACGUGAGACAAGAUAUAGCCGAUAUUAUUAACAAACUGCCUAUUGACGAAGCAGAAAAAGACGAACUUAUGCAGAUGGUUGAAGAAAAUAUUGAGAUUUUAAAGGAUCUCAAUACAGACGAAGACUAUUCACACAAACAAAUUCAAGAAAGUAUUUCUAGCGCGCUUGACUAUAUUGUGAAUAAAACGCUAAUAGUUGAAGAGAAGAAGAUGUAUUUAAAGAAGAAACUUAGAAAAUUGGUUGACAAAACGUUUGAAGAAGUGUCACCUGACAAUGUUCAUGGUGCACUUAUAGACGGCGUUAAUGAUAUUGUUAAUGAAGCAGAACUAGCCAAAGCUAAGAGAGACAAACUAAAAGGUAUAUUAAUGGAAGCUAUCGAUGAUAAUAUUGGGGACUUGCGAGACGAUGAAAUAGAUACAACUGAAGACAGUAGGGAAAGUAAUAUAUAUUCAGUGCCGAUGAGACAAGUGAAUGACACAAAAACAAGAACCAUAGAAAUUAGUACUGACUUGGCUCCAUUUGAUGAAUACGAUAAUUUUGGAACAAAAACUAACAAAGAGAGAAGAUAUCGUAGUAAAGAUUCGAUGCCAUUACAAAUGAAAUUAUUGGAAGUAGUAGAUGAUUCGAUAGCAGACAUGCGAGGACAAACAAUAGGCAUAGAAGCUAACCCAAUAAUUUAUAGAAAAGGUACUGUUGAAAAAUACACACAUCCAACAGAAGAAGCACAGAAAUUUAAAAAAAGAGGUAGUGUUUUGAAGAAUUGUGAAGAGAGAUUUGAAAAAUGGCCUUUACUACACAUGGAGCUCAAUUCUGAGACAUUAGACGAAGGUAACACAGACGAUGACACAGCUGACUUGGUAGAAGAUAUCCCUCUAGAUAAGACUAAGAAACAUGAGUCAGCCAAAGUAGGAAAUGAAAGUUUAGUAAGACUACACGGAAAGCAACCAAACAGAGAGCAAACACAGAUACAAAGUAUAUUAAAUGCACUUGCAACGCCAAUAGACGACUCGCUUAUAACUAAGAGGCAAAAAGAUAAUUUAAAAGAAAAACUAAAAAUCAUGUUUACAAAGAACUACAGAAUACCUUUAACAGACGAUUUAAGGGAUGCCCUCAAAGCUGAAAUUAAUGUUGUAUUAAAUGAGAUGCCGUUAACUAAUAACAGGAAAAAUAAAUUAGAGUAUGAACUAUUUCAUUCACUAGAUUCUCACUUAGACCAUCAAAGAGAUAUGAGGUACCCUGGACAUUGGAUAACUCAACAGAGAGAAAGCAAUGAAUUUAAAUUAAUGAAUACAGAUAAUGAACCAAAAUCAAUAGAAGGUUUGUUUAAAAUAAUUGAGAAUCAAAUUGAUGAAUCACCAAUCAAUAGACGGAAAAAAUCCGAAUUGAAAAAUAAUUUGCAAAAGAUAGCUGAAGGUUAUCUUAUAAACUCUUCUUUUGGACGUCGUAAAGAAGACGUCAAAAGUGGAAUCAGUAACAUACUCAACAACUUACCCACCAAUGAAGCUGAUAUUCUUAAAAAUUAUAUGAAAAAAUCGUUCGACAAUCGUCCAGAGACUUUCAGCUGUCAAGGGACAUGCAAAGAAGAGAAAGACUUAAAACAGCACCAACUAGAAACAUUUUUCCGUAAACUUGAACAAACGAUAGAAGGAAAACAAAUCCCUGCAACAAAAUCCAACUUUCUGAAGAAAAAACUGAACGAUGUUUCUUUUCUUGGAUUUGAACAAUUGUUAACUGGGCAACAGAGGAAUAUAGUUUAUGAUAUCUUAGACAUUCUACCGAUAUCGGAGGAAGAGAAGAACAGAUUUUUAAAAGAAUUUGCUGACAUUUUACAUGUAGACUGGAAUAUAGGUAAAGAAAGUGAAAGAGCAAAAUCUAUACCAUAUACUGCUAAACAAGGUCUCAGAGAUCCUAGAGCUCCGACUUCUUUCGAAAAAGAUAUUAUAUUAAGAGCUAAGGAGAGAGUAGUAGGAGACAUUGAGCGAAAAAUUGAAGAAACACCCAUGGCGAUUUCGAAGAAAAUUAAAUUGAUGGAGAAGUUAGAAAAAAUAACUGCUGAUAAUCUGCAGGGACCUCUAUCUGAAGGCAUGCGAGAUUAUGUAAUAAAAAAUAUAGGAGACAUCAUACAACAAUUACCUAUUGAGGAAGCGGAAAAAUAUGAACUUACGCACAAGGUUGAGAUAAAUAUUAAGAUUAUAUGUGAUAAAAGUCAAAUAAAAGAACUGCGAGGCAAAGAAAAUCCUGAGGAAAGAUGGAAAAGCCAGAAUUCACAGUCAAAAAACUUAGAUGAAUAUAAAUCACGGUAUAAAAAUUAUGAUGCAGAAGCAAUUGCAAUAAACGAAAUAGAUGCAUUUAACGCUAGGUUCCAAAAACUCAGUAGAGAUUCAGUGCCAGUGGUUAAAAAAUUUGUAAAUAAACAAGAAAAUACCAAAGCGUUUGCAGAGAAGUAUGGUGAUUACAGAACAAAUCCUACACCCAGUACAUCUUCAAAACCAAAUGAUAUGUUUAAGUCGAGAGAAAGUAUAGUACAAAUUAUUGAACAUAAACGUUCAAGAGGCAAACGCAGCCGAGAUGUUGUAGAAGAUAAUAAUGAUAAUGAUGAGGAUUAUCAAGCGAAAGACAAAAGAUCAAGUACACGUACAGUAUAUACAGACGAACCUGAUAAAUCAAAAACAAGACGCAGAUCUUCAACAAGAGACCAUGAUACCAGGAAACAUGCAAGAGAAAAUAUAGUGCAUGAAUUUGAAAAUAAAAUCAAAGAAGCAUCCAUAUCUAGACGGAAAAGAACAGAACUUCUAGAGAAAUUAGAAAAAGUGUCAGAUAGUUUGAAAAUACCUUUUUCAGAAUCCCAUAAGAAUCGUAUUAUAAAUGAUCUAAAUGACAUUAUGGAACAAUUGCCAAUACAAGAAACAGAAAGAAAUGAAUUAACACAGACCAUUAAUGACAACAUAGAAUGUCUAAUUGAUCCUAGUCUUAAAAAAAAGGAAUUACAACUUUUAGAAAAAACUAAAGAAGACAAUAUUCAUGGAUUCGAAGAAGUCACAGAUAAAGCACUAAUAUCUUCAAAAAUAAAAAUUGAAUUAAAAAAAACUCUAAAAGAUUUGAUUAAUACAACAUUUCACAAACCGUCAGAUAGCGUUUCUUCAGAGAAUCUUAAAUAUGGUAUUUUUGAAGUUCUAGAUACGUUAAUAACUUCCAAAAAUAAGAAAAAUAUUUUAAGAGGUGAACUAUUUAAAGUAGUGGACGAAAACAUAGAAAAAUAUGAAAGUGAACUACAACAAUUACAGACGGGCAGGAGAAGUGCUGGACAAAUCAAAGAAUCAAUAAAAAAAUCUGUAGAACAUUCAGCAAUCGGUGAUGACAUUAAACGUAAAAUUCAAAGAGAAAUCAGUGAAAUGUUGAACUCUGAGCUGUGGCUUCGUGGAGACAGUGACGAAGAGGAAGAGGACGAAAAAAGCGUCAAUGGCCUUAUUGCAAGCUUUAACCUCGAUCCUGAAUAUGAAACAGAAUUAAACAAAGCGGAAGAUGAAUUAAGAAGAGUAAUCCUUGAGGGAGGUGAUGUAGAUGCCGCGAAAGAGAGGCUCAUCAAAAAGAUAAUGGACGAUACAGGUGUAACAAGAGAGCAAGCCAUUGAACUAGUCGACAAGCUACAUGAAAAAGCUAACAAAGGUAACAAAGACAACUUUCAGACUAUUAUUGAUACCUUUAACUUAGAUCCUGAAUAUGAAAAAGAAUUAAAAGGGAUCGAAGACGAAUUAACAAAGGUAAUCCUAGAAGGAGGUGAUAUAAACGCCGCGAAAGAGAGGCUCAUUAAAAAGAUAAUGGAUGAAACAGGUCUAUCAAGGGAGCAAGCCACUCUACUAGUCAAUAACCUUGAAGCAAAAGCUAAAAAAGAAAAUCAAGACUUUAAAAACCUUACUAACACCUAUAAUCUCAAUCCAGAAUAUGCAACAGAAUUAAAAAAAGCAGAAGACGAGCUUUUAAAUGUAAUCCUCGAGGGAGGGGACUUAGACGCUGAAAAGGAGAGACUCAUUAAAAAAAUAAUGGCCGAAACAGGUCUUCCAAGGGAGCAAGCCACUGAACUAGUCGAUGAACUACUAGCGAAGGCUAAUAAAGAUGCCAAAGGUAAGUUUGAGACCUUAACUAAAACAUUUAACCUAGAUCCUAAAUACGAAAGAGAAUUAAAAGGUAUUGAAGAUGAAUUAGCAAAAGUCAUCCUCGAGGGAGGUGACGUCGACGCCGCGAAAGAGAGACUCAUUAAAAAGAUAAUGGACGAAACAGGUCUACCGAGAGAUCAAGCCGCUGCAUUGGUUGAUAAGCUACACGCAAAGGUCAACGCAGACAACAAAGAUAAUUUUCCGCCGUUGACUAAGACUUUUAACCUUGAUCCUAAAUAUGAAAGUGAAUUAAAAGGUAUAGAAGAUGAUUUAAAAAAAGUAAUUCUCGAGGGAGGUGAUGUAGACGCCGCGAAGGAAAGGCUCAUUAAAAAGAUAAUGGACGAAACAGCUUCUGUGGAUAUUCUAAUUGGUGCUGACUUAUUUUGGGAUAUCUUGGGCAAUGAACAAGUAUCACUUGGUCCCAGCUAUCCAAAGUUGAGAAACACUCAAUUGGGAUGGAUAGUGUCUGGUGCUAUUAAUCUAACUAAUAUUAAUAAACAGACCAGCUGCAAUUAUUCUAUGGUUGACGCUCCUAAAGACAAUAGUCUUGAUACCGCACUCACCAAAUUCUGGGAGUUAGAAGAAUUGCCUGCUAAAAGAAUUGUGAGCGAGAAGGACAAGGCUUUUAGCGAUUUAACUAAAGACGCGUUUAUCAUGACCCUCAGACGAUUUAUCGCGCGCAGAGGCAAGCCAUUGGAAGUGUUUAGCGACAACGGCCGCAACUUCGUAGCCGCCGCGAAAGAAGUAGGGAGCUUUAUUCAACAAAAUAAAGAGCCACUAUUUGACUUUGCAAGUCAGCAGGGAAUCAAAUUUAAAUUCACACCAGCUUACGCUCCUCAUUUCGGCGGAAUUUGGGAAGCCGGAGUUAAAUCCGCUAAACAUCACCUACGUCGAGUGAUGGGCAAUAGUCAUUUAACGUUCGAAGAGAUUUCGACAUUAUUUGCGCAAGUGGAGGCGAUUCUUAACAGUCGUCCCUUGUGUCCCUUGUCAUCCUCUCCUAACGACCUCCUCUCCCUUUCUCCAGGGCACUUCAUCAUCGGGAGACCACUGACGGCACUGCCACCACUUGCAUUGGCGGACAAUCAUGACAGCCAGAGGAAACGAUACGACCAUCUCGAAUCGAUAAGACACCACUUUUGGAGAAGAUGGCAAAAGGAAUACAUAUCGGAACUGCAGCAGAGAACUAAAUGGAAAAGCAAUACUGCACAGCUACAUAUAGGAGACAUGGUUCUCAUAUCCGAAGACAACACGCCGCCAUUAUGCUGGCGACUGGGUCGAGUUCUGCGGCUGAUACCUGGUCCAGACGGAAUAGCCAGGGUUGCUGAUAUCCAAACAAUGAAGGGCUGCGUUCGGCGGUCUCUAACUCGUCUUUGCCCUCUACCCAACGCUGAUGAACUGCAGGAUCGUCUACCGAGAGACCAAGCCGCUGCAUUGGUUGAUAGGCUACAUGGAAAGGCUAGUGAUGAUGUGGAAGAUAUUAAGAACCUAACGAAGACCUUUAAUCUCGAUCCCAAGCACGAAGCGGCAUUAAAAGAAGUGGAAGACGAAUUGACAAAAGUCAUCCUCGAAGGAGGUGACGUAGACGCCGCGAAAGAGAGACUCAUUAAGAAGAUAAUGGAUGAAACAGGUCUACCGAGAGAUCAAGCCGCUGCAUUGGUUGAUAAGCUACAUGCAAAGGCUAAUGAAGAUAACAAAGAAAGGCUUAAUGGCCUUGUUCAAGCCUUUAACCUAGACCCACAGUAUAAAAAGGAAUUACAAGACGUGGAAGAUGAAUUAGCAAAGGUCAUCCUCGAGGGAGGUGAUGUAGACGCCGCGAAGGAGAAGCUUAUUAAAAAGAUAAUGGACGAAACAGGUCUACCUAGAGAGCAAGCCACUGAACUAGUUAACAGGCUACAUGCCAAGGUCAAUGCAGAGAACAAAGAAAGGCUUGAUGGCCCUCUUCAAGCCCUUAAUCUGGAUUCUAAAUAUAAAAAAGAAUUAAAAGACGUGGAAGACGAAUUAACAAAAAUAAUUCUUGAGGGAGGUGAUGUAGGUGCAGCGAAAGAGAGGCUCAUUAAAAAGAUAAUGGAUGAAACAGGUCUAUCAAGAGAGCAAGCCGCUGAACUAGUUGAUAAGCUACAUGCAAAGGCCAACAUAGCAAACCAAGGUAAGUUUGAGACUCUAACUAAAAUAUUUAACCUAGAUCCUAAAUACGAAAAAGAAUUAAAAGGUAUUGAAGAUGAAUUAACAAACGUAAUCCUCGAGGGAGGUGAUGUAGACGCCGCGAAGGACAAGCUCAUUAAAAAGAUAAUGGAAGAAACAGGUCUACCGAGAGAAAAAGCCGCUGCACUAGUUGAUAAGCUUCAUACAAAGGCUAAUAGAGAUGUGGCAGGUAUUGAGAGCCUAACUAAGAUCUUUAAUCUUGAUCCUAAACACAAAACGGCACUAAAAGAAGUGGAAGACGAAUUGACAAAAGUCAUCCUCGAGGGAGGUGACGUAGACGCCGCGAAAGAGAGACUCAUUAAAAAGAUAAUGGACGAAACAGGUCUACCGAGAGAUCAAGCCGCUGCAUUGGUUGAUAAGCUACAUGCAAAGGCUAAUGAAGAUAACAAAGAAAGGCUUAAUGGCCUUGUUCAGGCCUUUAACCUAGAUCCGAAGUAUAAAAAAGAAUUAAAACACGUGGAAGAUGAAUUAGCAAAGGUCAUCCUCGAGGGGGGUGAUGUAGACGCUGCAAAAGAGAAACUUAUUAAAAAGAUAAUGGACGAAACAGGUCUUCCUAGAGAGCAAGCCGCUGAACUAGUCAACAGGCUACAUGCCAAGGUCAACGCAGACACCAAAGAUAAUUCUAUGGCCCUUACUAAGACUUUUAACCUGGACCCUAAAUAUGAAACAGAAUUAAAAGGUAUUGAAGAUGAAUUAACAAAAGUAGUCCUCGAAGGAGGUGACGUCGACGCCGCGAAGGAGAGGCUCAUUGAAAAGAUAAUGGACGAAACAGGUCUAUCAAGAGAUCAAGCCGCUGCACUAGUUGAUAAGCUUCAUACAAAGGUUAAUAGAGAUGUGGCAGGUAUUGAGAGCCUAACUAAGAUCUUUAAUCUUGAUCCUAAACACAAAACGGCAUUAAAAGAAGUGGAAGACGAAUUGACAAAAGUCAUCCUCGAGGGAGGUGACGUAGACGCCGCGAAAGAGAGACUCAUUAAAAAGAUAAUGGACGAAACAGGUCUACCGAGAGAUCAAGCCGCUGCAUUGGUUGAUAAGCUACAUGCAAAGGCUAAUGAAGAUAACAAAGAAAGGCUUAAUGGCCUUGUUCAGGCCUUUAACCUAGAUCCGAAGUAUAAAAAAGAAUUAAAACACGUGGAAGAUGAAUUAGCAAAGGUCAUCCUCGAGGGGGGUGAUGUAGACGCUGCAAAAGAGAAACUUAUUAAAAAGAUAAUGGACGAAACAGGUCUUCCUAGAGAGCAAGCCGCUGAACUAGUCAACAGGCUACAUGCCAAGGUCAACGCAGACACCAAAGAUAAUUCUAUGGCCCUUACUAAGACUUUUAACCUGGACCCUAAAUAUGAAACAGAAUUAAAAGGUAUUGAAGAUGAAUUAACAAAAGUAGUCCUCGAAGGAGGUGACGUCGACGCCGCGAAGGAGAGGCUCAUUGAAAAGAUAAUGGACGAAACAGGUCUAUCAAGAGAUCAAGCCGCUGCACUAGUUGAUAAGCUUCAUACAAAGGUUAAUAGAGAUGUGGCAGGUAUUGAGAGCCUAACUAAGAUCUUUAAUCUUGAUCCUAAACACAAAACGGCAUUAAAAGAAGUGGAAGACGAAUUGACAAAAGUCAUCCUCGAGGGAGGUGACGUAGACGCCGCGAAAGAGAGACUCAUUAAAAAGAUAAUGGACGAAACAGGUCUACCGAGAGAUCAAGCCGCUGCAUUGGUUGAUAAGCUACAUGCAAAGGCUAAUGAAGAUAACAAAGAAAGGCUUAAUGGCCUUGUUCAGGCCUUUAACCUAGAUCCGAAGUAUAAAAAAGAAUUAAAACACGUGGAAGAUGAAUUAGCAAAGGUCAUCCUCGAGGGGGGUGAUGUAGACGCUGCAAAAGAGAAACUUAUUAAAAAGAUAAUGGACGAAACAGGUCUUCCUAGAGAGCAAGCCGCUGAACUAGUCAACAGGCUACAUGCCAAGGUCAACGCAGACACCAAAGAUAAUUCUAUGGCCCUUACUAAGACUUUUAACCUGGACCCUAAAUAUGAAACAGAAUUAAAAGGUAUUGAAGAUGAAUUAACAAAAGUAGUCCUCGAAGGAGGUGACGUCGACGCCGCGAAGGAGAGGCUCAUUGAAAAGAUAAUGGACGAAACAGGUCUAUCAAGAGAUCAAGCCGCUGCACUAGUUGAUAAGCUUCAUACAAAGGCUAAUAGAGAUGUGGCAGGUAUUGAGAGCCUAACUAAGAUCUUUAAUCUUGAUCCUAAACACAAAACGGCACUAAAAGAAGUGGAAGACGAAUUGACAAAAGUCAUCCUCGAGGGAGGUGACGUAGACGCCGCGAAAGAGAGGCUCAUUAAAAAGAUAAUGGACGAAACAGGUCUACCGAGAGAUCAAGCCGCUGCAUUGGUUGAUAAGCUACAUGCAAAGGCUAAUGAAGAUAACAAAGAAAGGCUUAAUGGCCUUGUUCAGGCCUUUAACCUAGAUCCGAAGUAUAAAAAAGAAUUAAAACACGUGGAAGAUGAAUUAGCAAAGGUCAUCCUCGAGGGAGGUGAUGUAGACGCCGCGAAGGAGAGGCUUAUUAAAAAGAUAAUGGACGAAACAGGUCUACCUAGAGAGCAAGCCGCUGAACUAGUCAACAGGCUACAUGCCAAGGUCAACGCAGACAAUAAAGAUAAGUAUACGGCCCUAACUAAGACUUUUAACUUGGACCCUAAAUAUGAAAAAGCAUUAAAAGACUUUGAAGAUGAAUUAACAAAAGUAGUCCUCGAAGGAGGUGACGUCGACGCCGCGAAGGAGAGGCUCAUACAGAAGAUAAUGGACGAAACAGGUCUAUCAAGAGAUCAAGCCGCUGCAUUAGUUGAUAAGCUACACGCAAACGCCAAAAUAAGAAACAAAGAACAAAUCCAGCAUAUAAGGCGACGAAGAGAUGAACCACCGCUGAAAAGGAGGAAGGUGGCAGCAGUACCAAUAGAUAGAAUAAAACAUCAGAUAAAAACAGAAAUAUCCGGAGUACUGUCCUUACAUAAUGUUGAGACAAACAAUAAAGAAUUAUUAGUAGAGGACAUUGUUUACGCUUUACAAGAAUUAGUUGAGACAGCAGAAGAUGCCAACGGUGCUAGAUCAAGUUGCAGUGAGUGUAUGCAGCAGUCUGGCAGGCCACCAUCUCGAGCUGAGGAAAUGUCCAGCAAGCUUAAUGUUAAAGAUAGAUCUGUAAAUAAAUCGAAUGCUAAAGCCAGCCUAUGUAUAUCCGGUAAAGGAAUCAAGCUGCUUGAAAGGAUUACGAAGCCAAAAAUCAAGCAAGACGAAAUACAGUACACAAACUACAUAUUAGAUAUUGUCCGAAAUUGGUUGAAUGUGGUUCUUAUAACGGAUUUGACAACGGAACAGAAGAAUAAUGUCAUAACUCAAUUAACACAAGACAUAGUUGAUAGAAAGAAAUAUCAUCAAAUAAGUAGGAAGGCAAUAACGCCAACCUACGCAGAAGACCUGGAGUACUUGAAGCUACAAACAUUUAGGAGAUUGAAUAAGUUAAUGUCGAUGUAUGCACUAAAACAAGUAAUCAAACAAACUGAACAGAUGUUAGCCAGUAUUGACGAAAUCAAAGUUCCAAUUAUGACCCUGCCAAUAGGAUCUAGCGUUGUACUAGCCUCAGAAACCCAAGAGAAAAGGAGAAAAGAUAGUAAAACUCCAAAAAUAUUCAAAAGUGUACUGCCACAAAUUGAUGUAAAUAAAUCAUUAAAAGAAGAAAUAUCUGAUAUCUUCACAAAGCAAGAAAUUGAUCCCGACAAAGUUAAGCAUGUAGAAGAUGAUGUUGCAGGCGAACUACAAAGUAUUGUGGUUAAAACUGGAGACGUAGAAAGUGCAAAACAAAAUAUCAUUGACAAAAUUAUGCCAGAGGCCAAUUUAACAAGGGAGCGAGCAAGUGACGUAGCUGAUAAAUUAAUUAAUAGAGCAAAAGAAAUGUCAAUAAUUGCUAAAGCUACCGACUCGGAUUUAUACAACAAAAUAAUGAAAUCUUCAACGUCUGGUCGAAAGCGCAGACUGACGGAAUUGUUGCCCGAUGAAUUUAUAAACAGUCCUGAACAACUACAUCCAAAACAACGACUAUACUCUAUUGGUGGUGUUCACCAUAAUAUUAAUGACGAAAAUGUAUUGGACGAAGUUUUAAAGAAGGAGUACAUAAAGAGACGAUUUAAAGACCUAACAUCAAAACUGCUUAUUGAAGCUAUCGAUGAUUCAUCGAUAUCGACACCACAUAAAAUUAAUAUGAAACAAAACAUAUUGAAGAAUGUAGAUGAAAACAUUGAUAAGUUUCCGUUAGAAAGUGAACAAGACAGAAUAGUUCUCAGAGAGAACAUACUAAAAGACAGCAUUCAGUUGAUUGAAGGAACUACGAUGUCCGCUGAUAGUAAAAUUGACUUGACUAAUAAAUUAAGGGAAGCUUUAGCUUUAAAUUUCGAGAAAAAUUAUAAUGAAAUUGGAGAAACACUUUCGCGCAAACCGUCACCGAAGGUAGUAAAGGCAAAUAAAAUUCAAAGCGCAAUUGACGAACAGACAAAAGAACUCAAAUCAAAAGGGCGUACUUUACCUCGAAUAGACGUUGAUAAAUCAUUAAAAGAAGAAGUAUCUGAUGUAUUUCAUAAAUAUAACGUAGACCCAAGCGAAGUUAAAGGUAUAGAGGGAUCUAUUAUAGAUGAAUUAGAAAAUGUAACAGUAAAAGGUACUAAUCAUGAAGAUGCAAGGAAAAACAUAAUUGAUAAAAUUAUUCUGAAAACUAAUUUGCCAGAACACAGAGCUUGUGCCUUAGCUGAUGAACUUAUUGGGCGAGCUAGAGAAAUAUCGAUAGUUGCUAAGGCUACAGACUCCGAUACGUACAAUAAAUUCAUAGAAUCAUCUAAUUUCGGUACGAGACGAAGAUUAACAGAGUUGUCUGAUAGAGAAUUCCUUGACAGUCCUGAAAAACUGAAAGUGAACGAUAAAAACGUUAUAUAUUCUAUAGACGGAGUCCCUUGCGAGGCUGAUGACGAUACGGCUUUAGACAAAGUAUUAAAGAAGAAAUUACUGAAAAACAAAUUCAUAGAAUCAUUAUCAAAACUCGUAAAUGACACUAUAGAUGAUUCUUUUAUAUCUGAUUCAGAAAAAAAAUAUUUGAAAUCAAAUAUAGUAGGUAAACUAAAAGAAGACUUGAAGAAGGCACCAAUCGAUAGCAAAACUGAUAGAGAUGAGGUAAAAGACCAAAUUUUAAAAGAUUGUAGUGAUAUCGUUUAUGAAACCACCAUACCGAUAAACGAAAAACAAGAAAUAAUUUUUUCAUUGACAGAUGCAUUAACAAACAAUUUUGAAGCACUAUAUAAAACACUAAAUCCAAGUGAUUCCAAUGAAAAAGUUAUUAAAAACGACAAUGAUCGAUAUAAUAGACCAUCGCGCGGUGCGAAACCUAUAGAUAAUAGAAGACGAUCGAGUGAUAUGAAAUUAAAUGAAGAUAAAAGGCCAUACAGCUUUAUGGGAACUAGUGAUGACAAAAGCGAACAUAGAUCGUCAAGUGCUGGGAGAACAAAGAAAGAUAGCUCAUCAAGUGCUAAAAGAAUAAGUUAUGACAGAAGACCAUCAACUGAGAAGGUAGCAAGUGAAGAAAAAAGACAAGCAAGUCCUAUGAGAAUAAGCAUAGAUAGAUCAUCAAGUGCUAAGAAUAUAAGCGAAAAUAGAACAUCAAGUCCUAGGAGAAUAAGUUAUGACAGAAGACCAUCGACUGAGAAGAAAGGAAAUGAAGAUAAAAGACAAGCCAGCCCUGUGAGGAAGAGCGUAGAUAGAUCGUCAAGUGCUAGGAGACCAAGCGAUGAAAAAAGAACGUCAACUGCUACAAAAGUACGUGAAGAUGAAGGAACAAGUGCCAUGCUAAUAAGCGAUGAGAGAAGCCCUUUAAUAGACAUGGAGGCAAACGAAAAUAGAAAAUUAUUAGGUAUACCAAAAUUUACGAACCCUAAAAAUGACCCAAAAGCUGUUGAAGAAGGAACAAUAAUUGAAGCCAAACUAGGAGAAUUAGACGAUGAAAUUACAUUGAGAGAAGAAACAAAUGAUGUGAAUGAAGAAACUGAUACAGAAACCAACGAAUUGGAAAAUAUAGAAGAUAAUGCUGUUAAUGAAUUAGAAAGUGCGAUCGUCAAAGGUGAUGAGGUAGAUACAGAAACACGAAACUUUAAAGAUACUAUAGCAACAGAAACAAAAUUACCCAAGCCUCUAGAUGAUGCACAGCAUGAUAUUGAUAACAAAGACGCAAUAGAAAUGGUUUUGAAUAACCAAAUAGAGAAAAACCAAUUCAAAGAAACAUUAUCUAAGGACAUUGAUGACGCUAUGAGGCAGGUUUCCUUAACAGACGAAGACCAGAACAAUUUAAAAGCAUCUAUCAACAAUAAAAUAGAUGAAAUUAUAGACAAAGCGCCGUUUAGUGAUGAAAAUGAUAGAGAUACCAUUAAAGAAGAGAUUUUAAAAGAUGGGAAUCAUAUAAUUAAUGACACCUCGCUUACAGAGGCUAAGAAAUGCGAAUUGAAAAUAUUGCUAAGAAAUGCUUUACUACCAAACGCGGAGUUAAGUUUUGAAAUGUUGAUAAAUGAAAGUAAUAUGUUGUUACAACCUGAUGCAGCUUCAACGCCACAUAGAGUCUCAUUGGCUACACCAGUAUUAAAAGGACCUGAAGACCAAGAAUACAUGGAUAAACUUACAGAUUGCGUAACCGAGUGGUUCGAAACGGUGCCCAUUGAAAUAGAACCAGAAAACAAGUUAAUUUUUACUGACGAACUUGUGAUUGAUCUUGUAGACAGACAAAAAUAUCGGAAACUAUCACAUGACACGUUUACAAACAAAAAUGAAAAAGAUAAUUUGAAAUAUCAAGUUUUUAAACGACUUAGUAAAGUGGUCGAUGCUGGCUCUUUACCUCUUGUUAUGGAGCGUAUUGACAAAAAAGCAGACAAGAAACGAAGAAGGAAUUCACCAUGUCGACCUAAAAGAAGAAUUCCAACAGGAUUACCAAUAGAAAAAAUAAAAGAGCCGUUGAGAGAAGAAAUAUCGGACAUCCUCGUCAAGCAUAAAGUCAGACCGAGUAACGCAAAUAAACUGAUAGAAGAUAUCUUCUAUCGAUUAGAAGAUUUGGCUGCAAAUGGUGGUGACCCAUUCGUUGCAACCACCAGCUGUAGCAAAAGCUUAUUAUUACGAUCCUAUGUAUCACGCCCACAAGCUCGAAAAAUAUCAAACAAAUUAGUGAAUAAAGCUAGAGAAAUAUCUCUAAUACUCAAAGCUAAGGACUCAAAAGAGAAAAUUAAAUCGAACAGUUUUGACAGCCCUAAACACAAAUUCACAAAUGUUACACAAGAAAUCUAUAUCGCUCCAGAAGCAAUCAAAAUUAACAAAAACAAAAAACCUGCUUCAACUGAUAUGAAUUUCAUUUCGAAAGCAGACGAAAUGGAUAAUAUUUCAGUCAAGAUGGAUGUUAUAAAUAUUCCAAAAGAUAAAACACUCUCAGUCCUUAAAAAUCAAAUUAAAAAUGCACUGUAUAGAAAUAUCAAGCAGAUUUUAAAUGAAGCGGCAUUACCAUCAUGUUUGGGAUAUGAACUGAGAGAUAAUUUAAGCAAUGUUGUGGAAAAAGAUUUGGACAAAUCUGUGUUGAAAGAAAAAAAGGAUAUUAGUAAUCUAAAACAAGUGAUAUUACAGGACAUAUAUGAAGUAAUCGACGACGCACCGAUCAACACCAAUGACAGCGAAAUGUUUAAGUCCAAAUUAACGGAAGCUGUAGACAAAAACAUUAACGAAGUCAUACUAACAGAUACUAGUAUACAAAAAGAAAGAUUAUCAAGAAACCUUGAUGACGUCAUCUCUCAGUUACCAGUAUCUGGUACUGAGAAACAUGAUUUGAAAAACACGUCAACUACAAUUUACAGUGAAUCAAAACAGAAGUUGAAAAAAAACCAAGUAACUCCACGUCAAAAAAGGAAUACCAAAUCUAGGAAGAAAUUCGCUCCAAAAGCUAACUCGACAUUUAAAAAUGGUGAUCAUUUAGAAAUUAUAGAAGAAACGCAAGCCACAAGUGAUACUGCACAGAAGACAACAGAAAACUUAGAAAAGGACUACACGGAAGAAGUUAUCGAAAUUGUUAAAGCUUGGCUGGAGAAAAUUCCACUAGAUAUAGAAGUAUCAACCAAAGAGACGUUCAUAAACGAACUAAUAGAUGAUAUUAUGGAUAGAAAGAAUUACGUAACACAUGCUCCUGUGAAGCCUUCAUUUGCAGAAGAUCUAGAAUACUUAAAGGUGCAAGUGCUGAAAAGGACGACUGAUUUCUUGACGCCGGACUCACAGAAAAUAGUUCUUGGGAGUUGCAAGGCCCUAUUGAAUAAGAUAAAUGAAAUGCACGUUCCAGGAGUGAUCGGCCCACGAGGGGCAGUGCCACAGGGACAGCUACAGUCAGGUUCAAUGGAAGAUGGAGGAGCUGGUUUACCAUCUACAAAGGCACUAAAAGCCUUCCAGGACUCAUUGAUUCGAGAAAUGGACUCGUUCUUGGGUCCUCUGGAUAUGCCUGAUGAAACGAAAGACAAACUGAAAAGAACUCUACUGAAGGAAUUAGACAGACUACUUAAAAACAAAACUGAUCCAGACAUAAUCAUGCAAAAUUUGAUAGCUAUAAUAAAACGCUUAACAAAUUUAAGCGAUAAUGAAGCUAUUGAACUUGCUCGAAGGCUUAUGAAUAAGACUAAAGAAAAGGGUUUCCUUCCAAGAGUUUGCUGUACCCCAAAACGCCUGUCAUUUGGUAGGGAUGCUGUUUGUGUCCAAAGAAAGGCCUUCAGAGAUGCCAUCUUGAGAGAGGUUGGUGACGGAUUCUUUGGGUGUCAGCUUUCAGAAGAGAAAAAGAAAUAUUUGGAAGAUCUGUUGAUAGAAGACUACGCUAAAGAAUAUGGCAUCACUCUAACCGAAUGCUGUCCUACAGAUGAUAUUAGAGAUGAGAAUGAUAUUACAACAAUAGUUAAUGACUGGAUUAGUACUAUACCAGUCACUAUGAGCAGUGAUGAAGAUUAUAAGAGAUUCGUACAUCAAAAGAACGAAUUAAUUCCAAAAAUCAAGGAAGCUUUACCAGCUAGUGAUUAUGGUAGAAUUAGAGAAGAUGCCAAGACCUUCUUGCUAAAGAUACCUUUACAUCCUGAUUACAAAGAAAAUGAAGAACAACAAGAUAAGAAAGUGGAAGACCUUAUCGACAAAUUUCUAUGUUUGCCACCAAAAGCUAAAGGACACCGCUAUGGAAUGAGCUUCAGUGGUCUCACCGAAUACAUAGACUCUUGGAUAGACAACUUACACAUUUCUGAUGACACAAGAGAUGAAGAAGCUAUUAAGGAUAUGAAGAAAGGUAUGACGUACAGCUUAGUGCACAAAUUAGGAGAAAUGAAUAUUGAUCCAGAAAUAUUCAACGACGACUCACUAUAUGAAGAAGUACUUAAGGAUGAGCUACAGAAUAUGCUGGGCGAUGUUACUAUAACUGAUGCAAAUAUAAAAGCUCUCAAAGAUGAUCUAAUUGAUAAGGUAAAAUCUGCACAACAGAGAGCUCAUGAUGAGAUUAUUGGACAGAAUUAUAAAAAUAAACUACGCCACGCAAUGACUAAUAUCCUACCACCCGCAUGUGCUAUGUCGAGAGAAGAACAUGCGGCUAUGGAAUUAUUAAAAGAUCAACUGGCUGACGCUUUCAUAGACUUAAAUUAUUCAGGAGACGAUGAAAAUCUAAGAGCACGAUUGAAAAGAAAAAUAACGAGUGAAAUUCACAUGUUUUGUAAUGACUACUUAAGUUCACAUCCUGCAUCACCUCUGAGUAAUAAACAGCUGAACCUUGAGCUUUUUAACGCUUUGACUAGUGUACCGCUACCUUCUGGAGAUUCUAUCCGAUAUGAAGUAGAACAAGCAAGAAUUAGAGAAGUGAUAAUUGAAUGGAUUAAAGAAUUGCCUCUACAAUAUCAAAACCCCUCCGAGCUCUUAGCCAGAAAUAGACUUAUUUACGUACUGUCAAAGAAAUUGUUUGAUAUCGAAACUGCAGUUGAAGAUUCGCCAGACGAACCUAUGAGAAAGGAAAUAAUAAAAUUCCUACAUAAAAUGCCAUUCAAAUCUGAAAAUGAUAACAACCACUUUGCAAAUAAUUUAAUAGAUAAACUAAAUUCAUCGAAAGAAUCGAGAAGAUUUGAUGAUGGCUCCGAUGAAAUUGAUGCAUAUGGAAAUAUCUGCGACAGUUCAUGUCCUCGAGGUGGCGCUGCUUCGAAUUAUAGAAGGACAGCCAUGACGCAAGAGAGAAUUUGUUCCAGACGUUCUUCGUACCCACCAUGCACUCUAAGCGCUGAAGACAAGGCUCACUUGGACAGAAUAAGACGUAGAUCAUGCGUAACUCCAAAUUGCGUUAAAGCAUUAUUAAAAAAUGACAAAUGCAGUGCUGCAGUUGGACCGCAACCAAUGGAUGCGCAAAGCCAAACAGAACUGAGGCCGCAGGGUUUUGACAAGGAUAAACAAAGUUCAAUUUGCACAGGAACCAAUGAAAAGAUGACUAGACCAUGCCCAGGCAUGUCUAGUUCGCCUCGAAGAUCUCCGUGCGGUUUGAGGAGGCAUACAGUAUCUGGUACCAGACUACAGCGUGACGCACAGGAAGAAGUUCUGCCACAAAUAACCGUAAAGAAGUACUACUGGGAUUCCAAUGAAAAGUCUAACUUCCAGGACUCUGGAUCACAACAAGCUCGUGCCCCUUAUUCUUCUUCCUUUUCGCCGUCUAGACCUGGAACCUGUCAUCCUUCAGACUUCCCCUGCCAGCGGCCAGCAUCCUACCAACGUCCUAGUACCCCUCCCUAUCAUCGGAAACAGACAGAGACUGUGCCCUGCCAAGCUGGCACACCGCCCUACAAAAAAUCAAGCCAAUCGCCGUACCACCGUGACUGUUAUAAACACGACUAUCAACAACAAUCCACCAGUCCUCAUAGAGUCCCUUGCAACUACGAUCACUCAAUUACUCAGGGUCCUGACACAAAACCCACAAAGCCUGUCGGACGGUUCUAUCAUUGGUCUCCGCAGAGAUCGUUCCAAGAGAGAAUUUCUCAAUCUUCACAACGAUCGACCCCACGCUCUCGGUCUCCUCAGCAGAGUCCCUGCAUGAGCCGAUCUCAGUCGCCCUAUGGAAUGAAUCACGAGUCCACACCAUUAAGCUGUUCCAAUAGAGUGAAAAGAAACGGUCUUCAAGAGCAAAUUCCUUGUACUAACAGCAGGCCAUCCAGGAAGGAGAGAGUCACCGAGUUAGGAUCUUUAGAUGAUAUACAACAUCCGAGGGCAAAGAAAAAUAACAGUAGUUUUGACUGGUCUUACGGUCAGCAUCCAGAAGACGAUAGCUUUUGGGGUACACCUUGCAUGAGGCGCGUGAUUUUGGAUGAAGGAAUAGACGAGCCACUGAUGAUGGAGAGGGAAGAAAGAGAAGAAAGAGUGACUUGUAAGUGCAAAGAGAGGGUUUACCCCAAGGCCAUGAGGACAGGCUGUAUGCAUUCCUCCCGGGAUCAGGACGGCCGUAAUGGGAACAGAUGCUCUAAAUGCUGCGGUGUGCACUGUCCCUAUCCCAGCUUCUUGUAUUUCAGAGAGUAAGUGGUGUGUUGUCCUUUUUGUUGUGAUGUUAUUUUUGCUUAAAUAAAAACCAUUAAAAUAAUCACAUUUUGUAAUUUUUAUUUUACUAGCUGUACCCUAUAUGAUAUAUUGCGCCAUUUUAGAACGUUAACUUAAGUUCUUUGGAAGCACACUAUUGGACUGUCUACAGAAAA